CUACCAGCAACUUUGUCAUCAAUACUCAUCGUCAAUUCUUUAUAUCAAGGAGCAUCAAUAUUUUACAAAAAUGAAGAGCAUUUUCUUCUCCUUGUUUGUUGUCCUCUCCCUAGUCUGUUUUGCACAUUUGAGCAAUGCAGCCAUACCAUGUGGCACCGUCGACAUGAAGGCAGCCUCAUGUGUUGCAUUUGCCACUGGAAAGGACCCAAAGCCAUCGCCAACAUGCUGCUCUGGCCUGCAACAGCUUGCUCAGAGCGUCAAGACGGUUGAUGACAAGAAGGCCAUUUGCAGGUGCCUCAAGGCUGCUGUCAAGAACUUUGCGGGUGUCCAAGACAGGUUCUUGAGCCAGAUCCCUGCUGCUUGCAAUAUCAAAGUUGGUUUCCCAGUUUCCCUGAGCACCGACUGCGAGAAGCUCCACUGAGAUCUCCUGAGUUGAUCAGAGGUUCAAAAGUCAUGUUAGAAAUGUAGAAGUCUACUGAAUAAGACUGCGUUGUACUCUAUUGAGAAUAUCCCGGUGGUUUUUUCCACUGUAACAGUAAUGCAAUAAGAAUUUUGAUUAUUUCAA